AUGUCUGUCGAUUUUAACACCGUUGCUACUGAAUUUUGUAAUUUCUAUUACCAACAAUUUGAUUCUGACAGAACCCAAUUGGGUAAUCUUUACAGGGAUCAAUCUAUGUUAACAUUUGAAACAUCCCAAUUGCAAGGUGCUAAGGAUAUUGUCGAAAAACUUGUUUCAUUACCUUUCCAAAAGGUUGCACACAGAAUUUCUACUUUAGAUGCUCAACCAGCUUCUGCCAAUGGUGACAUCUUGGUAAUGGUUACUGGGGAAUUGUUAAUCGAUGAAGAGCAAAAUGCUCAACGUUACUCACAAGUUUUCCACUUGAAUCCGGAUGGAAACUCUUACUAUGUUUUCAAUGACAUUUUCAGAUUGAAUUACUCGUAG